AUGGUCUGCGUUUCCUGCUGCGUUAACACCACGGCGGCGCUCCCCCUUGGAAAGCCUCUCCCGCCCCUCUCAUUCAGCAGAAAGGCCCGCCUCUCGUCCCUUGAAGCUAUCUCCUGCCAUGUAGGAGUCCCUAAGCUAGAGCGCCGGCGCCGGCGCCGCCUUGCGUGCCGCCGUCAUGUAAAUGCGAUCGGGAGAAACCCGGCUCCUGCCGAUUUCGAGCCUCUACAACGAGAGAAGGAGCAGCAGCAAGGGAGCACCUUAUUUCCCGGGGGCUUCAGGCGGCCGAAGAUCAAAGUCCCCACAAUCAUUCUCAAGGUGGAUACCGCGGACGUUCUCCAAUCCGCCGCUGCAAUUGAUGUGGCCGUAUCCAAGGGGUUCAUUGGCCUCAUCCUGCUCCGCGGUGGGGAUGAUAAUGGUGGACAACUUUAUGAUGCUGCCUGCGUUUUGAAGUCCGUCAUCAGAGACAGAGCUUACUUUCUGAUUUCUGAGCGAGUGGAUAUCGCAGCCGCUGUUGGGGCCAGUGGCGUUGUGCUCUCUGAUCAAGGUCAGUUUCGCAGUUCGCUUCCCGGCCACCAUGUCUUUUUAUCUGCAGAAGAUUAGCAUCUGGGGAUAAUUCGAACCAUAUCCAUCGUCUAGGAUUAGCUUCUGUCGGAACUAGACUUGUUGAGCUUAUUUAACUGGGGAAGUCACCAUGGGACAUGGCGUCGUCUAGGUGAUCAUUAGUCCAAUUUAAUGAUGGGAAAAUCCCGAUUGACCAAAUGUAUUAUCUCUUUCCCGACCUUAUUGCCCUUAAAAGGCUUUGGAGAACUUAUCAUCGAUAUUGAAUGUUUUACCUUGGGAUGUAACUUCAGUUUAAUUAGGUUGGCGAGAGUUUUUAUAUUUAAACUCUGACGUUACAAAAAGCUGAUAACUGAAAGUUCAAUUUUCCACCUAACAAUGGCCACAGUGACCUUAUUGCUCUUAGAUGUGGUUUUUUGAAACCUCUGGUCGUCAUUCUUUCUUCUUGUACUGAAGAAGUGACUGGUAUACGUCAAAACCAGGUGGAGAAAUAUGGGAUUGCUUUCUUUGGCUACAACAGAGGAACUUCGUAUCAGUUACUCUGUAUAUGGGAAACUAUAAACCAUGGCAGCUAUGCCAUUAAAUCUAUCAGUGGAUGAACUGAAUUAUUUUAACUCCACUUGAAGCAUGCUGUUUCAUGUAACAGGAUAGUAUUUUUAAAUUCAUUUUCUUUUUUAUCAGGCGUACAUAAUUUUUAUCUGCUACUUGUGCGUGACUAACCAUCUAUUUGAGUUGUCUCAUUUCAACGCAAGUAACGGUUUCCUCUGCUCUUUUUGCCUUUAAACUUGAAUCUGUGAUGCCUGUUCUGUUUCUCGUCUUCUGCAAAUCUUAAUGACGUUAUCUAUGUUUUGCUCUGUAUAAUGAACCAGACAUCACUGUAUUUUCCACUUAGAAUAAAAUGUGCCCCAAAAAGUGAAAAAUGAUAUAUUUUUCCUGCCACUCUAUAUUCAGGGCUUCCUGUGAUCGUGGCAAGAAAUAUGUUGACGGGUUCUAGAGCUGAAUCUGUGCUUCUGCCACUGGUGGGAAGAAAUGUGCAACAAUCUGGUGCAGCAAUAACUGCCUCAGCCUCAGAAGGUGCUGAUCUGCUGAUAUUCAGUUUAGAUAGAAAAAGUUAUGACAAAGUUCUUGUAGACUGUAUUGCAAUCCAGAAUAUUAAGGUGCCCAUUUUCUUGGAUAUUGUGGACUGGUCUGAAGAAGGUUCACCAUCUGAUGUGGCAUCAAACUUGCUUCAGUUGGGGGCAAGUGGAGUCAUUCUUUCGAUGGAUGAUAUGAAGAUGUUCAUGUACGAGACCUUAGCUAUGUUCUCUAAUCCACAGGCACUGGAUAUAAGUAUUCAAGAUGAAUCUCGAAAUUCACACAACUAUGAAGAGGGAACUUCAAUAGAAGGAAAGCCAUUGGUGGCUGGAUUUACCAAGCUUGAUGACAAAGAGAUUGAACUUGUAGAAGCAGAAAGAGUUCUUUUGCUUGAGGCGAUUGAAGUCAUCCGUAAAGCUGCACCACUGGUGAUCUUUUAAUGCUGAAAUUUGGUAGUUGAAGAUGCCCUUCAUAUGAUAUUCAUUAUGCUUUAUUACUAACUUUCAACUUACACAGGAAUUUGAGCUGUUUGAUAUUUUAUUUUGAUUGCAGAUGGAUGAGGUUUCACUCCUUGAGGAUGCUGUCUCACGACUUGAUGAGCCUUUCAUGAUGGUGAUAGUUGUAAGUGAGAUAUUUCCGAUCAUUACCGACUAAAAAGUGUCACCACAUUAACGUUACACUUUUUCUCUGAUUAUAUUACGAAGAAUUCCCUUGAAAAUAUGUUAAUAAGUUAUUGUUCAUUGAAAAGACCAAAAAAGGGCAUACAUGUCCGGCAGGAUAUUCACUGGUUCCCCCCCUCCCUGAUGCAGAUUUUGAGGUCAGGAAGAAACAAAAACUUAAGUUAAACAAUCCUGCACUCUAACAAAAAGGGAAAAUCAGCCACUCGUCUAGAAAUGUUCAGGAUCAGUAUUAGAAGCUCUAAUCAUCUCAUUUCCAUCUCUGAUGCUGUUGAUUAUAAGAAUCUCUUCUGUAUUUUCCCCUUUAAUUUACUGGAUAAUUAUGUCACCAGUGGUUGCAUGGUUACAUUUUUUUUUCAUGCCCCAGAUGAUUGCACUGAAAUCCCCUAUACCUUGAUUCUAUGAAUGUUACGGCGUCUUUGAUGGAUGUUUCUAGAUUAUUAUCAUGCCAUCACGUUUGCUGAAUGAUCCAUUGACUUCUGUAGGAUUCUGCAGGUUACGGAUGAAUCAUUUUAGCAUGAUUGAACCUCUUGUCUAAAUCAUUGGAAAAAUGAGUAGUCUCUUCAAAGCAACUUUCUUGAGUAACAUUUGAUUUUGUUUGCAGUUCGUAAUAUAAACGAGAUUUUUCAUCCAUACUGUGAAGCCUACGUCGUCAUGACCUCUGAGAAAUACUUUGACUUGGAGCUGGCCUCUUUUCUAUUAAUUAAUAGUUUGAAUUUAGCUUCCUUGUAAAAUUUUCAAUUGUAUUUCAGUGAAUCUCAUCACCAGCAGUAUUCAUCUAAGACGAAAGAAUACUCCCUAUCCUCCAACUUGAUAUACGAUCUUGUAGUUGGUUUUCCAUUACAUCUGCUUUUGCAGUCAACUGUGAGGUGUUCAUAUUUGGGCUAGUGCUCAUCCAGAAAGCGAAUUGAUUUUCCUUCACUAUGAUUGUAACAUCUGUUGCUUGGACGUUUCUCCAGUAUGAAGAAAGUCUUGUUUGAAAACUCAGGAGCUCCCAGAGGACAUGAUCCAUUUGUAAUGUCUUCUCUUUACUAGUCUUUACAGCAUUUCCUCUUCGUCUACCCAGGUCCACAGGCAUUUUCCAAAAAGAUGUGUUGAAAUCCUAUAUUCUACCUACGCCCCACUUGUAGUUUACUUUUGUGCACUCGUUUUAGUUCACCAGAUUCCUAUUUUUAAGCCGAAAAACAAAUAAAGAGAGUCCUUUUGGACCUUUUUCUUUCACUACCAAGAUAAGAUUUCUUUUCUGUUAUUAUCGUGGGUCUUAAUCUCAGGACUCCCUUUGUAAGAAAGAAAUUCAAGAUCGUUAUUCCAUCUUUAGUUCUUGAAAUUUAAACAAAACAAAUAAUAGCUUGCUGAGUGCUGUUUCAAAAAAGAUUCAUCUUCACUAUAGCUGUGUAACUUUCACUUCCAGCCCAAAAUAAAUGGGUGAUUGGCUACAGUAUGUUCUUUGGUACUAGGGCUCUCUAUCAACAGGGCUUAUUAAGAAGCUGGUUUCGACAGCCCUUACUGUACAGUCCAAUGUUUUCUAUGUAGUUCCUCAAUCGUCACCAUAAUCAGAAGAAAGAAUUUGAUAUUGGUUACUUUGAUUUUAAUUUCAAAUAUUAAUUAAAGGAUAUUCUGAAAUGCAGAUUUCGUAAUGGCCGUUCUUUCCUUAUGGCUUAAUUUAUUAUUCUUACAUUUAAUUCCUCUUCCCUUUUUAUCAUAUCCUAGGGCGAAUUUAACUCGGGGAAAUCAACUAUCAUCAAUGCACUUCUUGGAAGAAGAUAUCUCAAAGAAGGGGUAGUUCCUACAACUAAUGAGAUCACUCUUUUGUGUUAUUCUGAGACAGAAAAGUCAGAGAAAUGUGAAAUGCAUCCGGAUGGUCAAUUUAUUUGUUACUUACCUGCACCGAUCCUGAAGGAGGUCAGUAUAUCCGAAAUUCUGGCCAUCUAUAUGAAUAUAUAUUUAAUUCAGUACCUCGUGUCUCUGCUGCCAUUUUUUUCACCCUCUGUCGUUUCAACUCUUAUCGUUGCGCAAUACAGUUUUCCUUGACUUUACUUUGUUACAUUUAUGCUAGGCUUACUGAUGUAAUCUGGCCUGAAGUUUCCCCUGGAAUUUCGUUCUACUUGCUUUCACCGUAGAACCAGUCUGAAGUAUUUUCUUGGUGAAUAUUACUGAAAAUCAACUGAAUGAUGCCUAUUAGAUGUUGUGCGGACAUCUAAUGUAACCGUCUCUAUAAAUUUUGGCUAUUGUGAGAAAAAACGUUAAGCUAUGUCACCUUCAUAUUUCAGGAUUCCUGAGUUGACUGGUUUAUAUUGAACUCUGUAUUUCUCAUUUCUGCAACAUGCACGUUGAUGGCAACGACUUCGAGUAUAGAAAUUCGUUGGAUGCUGAUUGGAUUAUCUUGUGCGAAAAGGGAUUUUGUUUUCAUAUAACCCGUACUGAUAUUUGCCUCAUUAAAUAAUCUUGAUCCUGGCUAAUAGAAAAGAGUAAGAGGGAAACAUUUACUCACCUGACCAUUGUAAUAGAUGCAUCAACCAGAUUGACAUGGACUUGUCAAGCCAUGCACUUGCCUGCCAACGGACAAGUUUUGGAGACAAUAAAGAACAUUAGGGAAAAAUGAAAAGCAUGCCUUACCAAUUCUUGGACUGGUGUUAGUGAGCUGGGCUAGGCCCAGGUUGUGCCUAGCUCGGUUGAGGCCAGUUUGGGGCGAGGGACAUAAAGAGCUUCUUCUUGUUAGGGGUGCUGCGGGGGAUGAGGGCUGUGGGACGCCAGAUGAAAAGAGAGUGUUUGGGUGGGGAAAAGCUGCUGGAGGGAAGGGGUGACCUUCCUCGCCUAGCCACUUCCCGGAGUUCUAAUUUUGGGGAGGUAGCUGCAAGAGAGUUGACAUUGGGAAGAGACAUGAAAAAAACUGUUUUUCACAUAAAAAGAUAUAACAAGAAUAUUUAAUGACGACAAUAAUUCUAAGAUAUCCUUCCAAGAGGAUAUAUUUCUUCAUGUUUACCGGUGGCUCAUGUGCGACCUGUGGCCCACGCCUCCUCUUUGUUCAGGGCGGGCAGCGUGAACUGUGAUUUGAUCCGGGUAUUCAAUCCCGACGCUGAGAUGCUCAGUUGACUCAAAAGGAUGAAUAUUCCCUUAUAUCAGGAUCUUCUGAUCUUAUCAGGUCUUGAAAAGAUCCAGAUUCAGAGAGUCUUCUCUUCUAUUUUGCAUAUUGAAUUAGUGACUUCUCUACAGGUACCAUGCUUUGGAAAACCUUGAGAUUCAUUAUGGGCUGAAUCUGCUAUGACUAGUGCCUAACUUAUCUUGUUGAAGUGGAUGUAAGGUCAGAAAGCUAGUCUGAAAGCUUCAAGAUCUUAAAUCCUUCGUUUGAUCUUGCUGACGUUUGCUUGAGGUUUCAUAAAUUGAUGUUUCGACUAACAUUUAUUUUUUUUUGGAUUGUAAAGCAUACUUUAGCUGAAACUCUAGAAAAUAUUUAAUUGCGUAAUUUUGUAUUGAUUUUAAAAGGACAUGCAUGAUCACGAUCAAAAAUAGGAUCAAUUAGUUCAGUAGCUUGUUUUUUUUUCUUCUGAUUAGGAAAGAUAUCUGAAAAUAUGGCUUAUUUUUAUUUGAAGCUUUGAUUUCUGACUUCAUUUGCAGAUGAACCUGGUUGACACUCCGGGAACAAAUGUAAUACUCCAGAGGCAACAACGCCUGACAGAAGAGUUUGUGCCUCGUGCAGAUCUGGUUAUUUUUGCUUUAUCAUCUGACAGACCUUUAACUGAAAGUGAGGUAUGCUUAUUUCAGUUUUACCAUCACAGAAGUUUCAUUGUUCUUAUCAUGAAUGUACUCUGAUCUGUGGUGCGUUAAUUUGAAUUUGUUUGUAUUCUCUCUUCUCUUCAUGCUAGUAAUUAUCUUUUCAAAAUGGAUUGCUGGCGCAUUUGCUCUACAUUUUUUUGGUUGGAUUAAUGAAAAACCCCUCUAGAGCUGCAUAUUCAGGAUCUCCCGCUUUGGACUUUCAUGAAGAUUCCCCAUUGAGAAGAACAGGACGCCAAUUCGACCCAUAAGGGGCAAUUCGACCGUACACAAAGCUACAGCAGGAAAGAACGUCUGCAAAGUUUGAUCAUCUUGACAGAGAUAGAAAGGAAAAUGCUCUUUUCAGAGCCUAACCUUGGGGCUCUUAGAGACGAAUCUUAUAUCCUUCCCACCCUAAAUGGGGCUAUGGUCACUAAUUAGUGGGCUUUGGUCCAUAACUAAGCUGGUUUCAAGACCACUCCUAACUGGUCUCUAACUUGUUAUCGAAUAGCUUCGGAUCCUCUCUCAAAUGUCCUAUGUACUCACCAUCUCCACUGUGCCUCUCAUUGCAAACUCUAGUACACCAUGGUUGACCUCCUAGAACAUCAAUUCGAAUUACUACUGGGGUAAACACCAUGCUUGGAGACAUGUAGUUAAGGUAUGCAACAUUAUACAGGGGAAGAACAUGCUUCAAAGAAUGCUUCUUGAAGAUGAUGGUAUACAACUUGAUAAAACAUUAUACGUAGUUGGAUGCCAAAAUUUAGGUCUCUAUAGUGAAGUGACCGAAAGUCGUCUCUUGAUGUAAUAUGGAAGAGAUUCUUACGUCCCUUUUAGCCAGUAGUGGGAAAAAGGGAAGUAUACCGGUCACAAAUACACGUUUCAAUGUCCGAAGAGCUAAUAUGGAGAAAAAAAAAUGUAGAAAAAAAUAUGCUUUGGCUUAAUAUACUGAAGUUGAAAGCCUUCCGAUUUGGCUUUUCUGGGCACAAUGGGAAGUCAACCAUGAGUUUCCAAAAUCGUACCAAAUUUCUUCUUUGUUCACAUGCUUAAUAUACUUAUUGCUUCAACAAGAUUUACAAGUAGGGUUGCUCUUGAGUCUGAAUGCCCGUUAUAUCUGGAGCAUGAUGGGAAUUUAGACCCACACUUUCUCUUAGCCUCCUGUUUAAACAGCUGUUAAAGAUAACAAGAAUUAAUUACUAGUUCUCCUUUCCUCUUUAGGGUUGUUCAUCCAAAAUCUUUUCUGAGAUCUCCGUCGUCUGUUGGAUUUACAUGCCACAAUCGCUCAUUUUUUUAAUUUCUAAAGGCAGUGGUUUUUUAUUAUUAAUUUACAUAAUUGCAUUGAUGUCAGAGCCGUUCGUCUUGAAUCUCAUGCAUGAUAUGAUCCAUUUUCUCUCUGGUUUUGAAAGGAAACAUUUAGCUGCUAGAGGAUGUUAACAUCAGAAGAAAAAACUUUUUAUUCAUGCACACGGCAUGUUUAUAUUUAUUGCUCAAUUUUGUGGUUGAAGCAAAUAUCUCAAUCGUUACGAUAUAAGGAAAUAAUUUGUUUGCUUUCCACCGGCAGUUUUGCUCACCCUAUGCUCGUCUUGAUGUUUUUCUCAGGUUAAUUUUCUUCGUUAUAUGCAACAGUGGAAGAAAAAGGUCCUGUUUGUCUUGAACAAAUCAGAUCUAUACCAGAAUAACAGUGAGGUUUAACAUUUACACGAGUUCAGAUCGAAACGUUUACACAAGUUCUUUCAUAGAACUUCUAGUUGACUUUUCCUUUCUGAAGUCAUAUCGUUUUAUCUUUUCUGAUGUAGCUUGAGGAAGGUCUUGCCUUUGUGAAAGAAAAUGCAAGAAGGUUUCUGAAUCAAGAAAGCGUGACGAUAUACCCCGUUUCUGCAAGAUCUGCGCUGGAGGCGAAGCUCUCGGCCUCGUCGUCGGAUCUUGGGAACUAUUCUGAACAAGUCUUGUUGGACGAUGCUCGAUGGGUCACGAGCGGAUUCCGCGAACUAGAAGACUUCUUGUACAGCUUCUUGGAUGGAUCGACAGAUACUGGAAUGGAAAGAAUGAAGCUUAAGCUCAACACGCCGAUCGGAAUCGCAGACAGAUUGCUGUCGGCUUGCGAAGCCCAAGUGAAGCACGAAUAUGAAUGUGCCACAAACGAUCUGUCCUCCAUCAAUGAUUUGAUCGGCAGUGUAAAGAGUUAUGCGAUGAAGAUGGAGAAUGAAAGCAUUUCUUGGACGAAACGGACCGUUUCACUGGUCUGUUCAAGGAUAUAUACCCUUUGUGUUCUUAGUAUGGUUGAAAUCGUUUGUGUUUGUUUAAUGGAAGGAUUUAAAAUCUUUCAGGUUGAGAAGGCAAAAGCUCGUGCUGUGAAGCUCGUUGAGUCGACUCUUCAGCUGUCAAAUAUUGAUCUUAUCAGCACGUAUGCUUUCAAAGGAGAGAGGUCAAGCUCAAUCUCUUCUACUUCUGUGAUUCAGAAUGAGAUUAUCAGCCCUGCACUUGCUGAAACAAAGGUGACCUCUUCUUUCUUGAGUUGACUUUAUGGCAGGUCCAUUUUUGCAUUUCUGCAUGCUGAUCGUCACAGGCCAGCCACCACUGCUGCUCUCUACAUUUUCUGCAUUUAUUUUUGAAUAUUAUCAGAUGCCAACCAAGGGUACUACUCAACCUAAGGUUCACCUGAAUCUGAAGAUUGUCAUUUAUUGGUCCAUAUUAUUCAAGAUUAAAUAGAUAAAAAAUAUGAAAUUGAAGUGAAAAAAGAAGAAAAGAAAAUCUGAUAGGUGUGUUUAAUCCAAUCCAAAGGUUGCCCUUUUUCCACUUGCAGUUCUGACAUCAAAUCAUAUGUGAAAUUCCUUCACCCUAAUCGCUUGUUAUGUAAAUCGAUGCUGCUUGAAUGUUGUGUAACAGUUCAUGUUGUGUGAUUAUAUUGUCUUCUUUCUAAGAAUUCAUCUUUUCCAGACGUUAGUGAGAGAAUAUCUGCUGUGGCUACAGUCAAGCAUGACUCGUGAGGGGCAGAUUUACCUUGACUCGCUUGAAAAAAAGGGGUCUGAUCCCCCUCAUGAUAACAAUCGAGUGCUUCUGGAGACCCUCGAUUUGAUGAAGCGAGGGGAGGAGCUCAGCAUAAAAGUGACCAGUGAUUUCAGUUCUAGCGCUGCUGCAAGGCUUCUUGAGCAGGAAAUCAGAGAAGUGGUAAGUCCAAUCCAACGAUUUCUAUCUUUCUGUAAUCUUCUUCCCACCUCUUAUUAUCUGUCUUUUGGCUGCCCAAUAUCUAGUAUCUAUCCAUUUAUGGCUGAUGAUUGUCUGCAUCUACGCAAAGGAUCUUGGAGUCAUGCUAUGGAGGUAGAGAUCAUUCGAGACUCUUACUACCAUCUAGAAUCCGGAUGUACACCAUUUUCUUUUCUUUCUUCUUAAGAAGCUUGACGAUAUCAUCACAGCAGGAAUAUGUGAUUCAUCCGAAAGAAAAGAACUCGUCCAUAGGCAUUGAUGAGGUAAAGUCAAUUGUAAGCUGAAGUGUUCUAGAUCAUCACUAACCAGAGAUUAUAGGUGAAGGAUUUGAAAAUAGGAAGAUGAACUAUCACAGAUUUUCCCUGCAAGCUUAAACGGGUUCAUAGAUGCAUAAGAAAUCUAGGUGCAAUUAAUUGAGGCAGAUUCUUUUAUAAUUUUAUCUAGGUGAGUGGCGGGGUGAUUGAAGAUGAAAAGACAGACCGAAGAAGCAUUUUUGUGAUUUUUCUUUAAGAUCCUUUUCAAAGAAUCGUAAAUUGGGAAGCCUUCUAACGAGUUCUCAUCUUGUGAAUGAAUGAGGGGAAAAAAUCAAAGUUUAGCUUACAUUCUCCCAAGAACUACCUAGUCUGGCAUACAAACUUUGCUUCCCUUGAGCUCUAGAUGCUCAAAACUCUCUCUUGCGCAACCAGAUUGGCUAUUUCUGUUCCUCAGGUAUCUCUAAAAGCACCCUUUGCUGAAAUGGGAAAAGAGUGCAGAAAGCUAACAGGGAAGGAGCUUCUGUUCAUCCUGAGAAUUUGAACAAUAAUUUAUUUACUAAAAGUAGCCAUACGACUUGGAUGAAGAACAUUCUUUCUUUGAUUUUCUGUCAAAUCAUGUGGACUGGCAUGCGUAGGCAAAAAGGCUAUCCCAUCUGGUGGAAAGAUUGUGUGAGAGAGUGUACGAACUGCUCCAAAUAGGGGUCAUCCUGCCUUAGCGAUUCCCACUCUGUUGGGGGGGGUAUAUAUAUAGAAAUGAUGAAAGACUUAGGUGCAUUCACUGAAUUUUCUUCAAAAUAAUCUCUGCCAUGAACUACUAGGUACCAAAGAUGUGAAUGAUUUUAUACAGAAAGAAAGGAAGUGAAAGCGUGUCUAACAUGCAAAAGCUUGGUGGUGUAAUCUCCUUCCUUCUUUGUAUCAGCCUCUACUGCCGAGCAGUUAGUUUGGUGCAAGGAGAACAGAUAAAGGCAGUGAGGAUAGGGGAAACUUUGAUAACUAUUUGCAAUGAGACUGGUUUCCAUGGCCUAUAAUCCCUUACUGUAUUGCAUUCCUGCCCAAGUAUCUGGAAGAAUGUGCUCUCUAGAUUGGAAAAUGGUUUGGUCCUUUGGGCGCUUAAAACCCUUCUCUUUUUGUGCCUUCCUUGUGUUUCAGGUUCUGGGGACCUUUGGCGCACUGGGGGCUGCCGGGCUCUCUGCCUCACUUCUUACCUCUGUAUUGCCUACGACAGCGGAAGAUCUCCUUGCACUGACAUUCUGCGCUUCUGGCGGGUAACGUUCAUUCCCACCCCCGGCUGACCCUCAGUUCAUCUUCGCCUUCUUUUUUUUGGACCGCAUUGCCAGUUCCGUUGCUUUCAUCGGAAAUUAGAUAUUAAAAAAAGAAAAGAAGUUUCGUAGUCUAAGCACAUAAAAAAAAACACAGAUUCAUGACGGAAAUAGUUUAGUUGCCAAAAGAAUUCCCAAACGAGAGAUGCAUCAUUCUUUUGAUCUUCUUUUUUUUUUUUUCCUGGGUUUUUCUCCUUCGAUUUGUUUGGUCAUGAAUGAGAGAGAGAUAGAGGUAGAGAGAGAGAGUGUGUCUGUAUGUGGAGAUUUUUCCCUGUAAUAUCAGUGAUUUGACAGAAAAAUUACCCAAGUUAUAAACAUUUCAGUAAUAAAUUCUCUUGUAGGAAACCGCCUCAUACUUGAUAGGUUGCAAUAUAUCUGUGCAGACUACUUGCAAUGUCCAACUUCCCGGCACGGCGGAGGGAGGCAGUGGCGAAGGUGAGAAGGAUAGCAGACUCCUUGGCGCGCGAGAUCGAGGCAGCCAUGCAGAAGGAUCUCUCCCAGGCCUUGGAAAGUCAGAGGGAAUUUGUGCAGACGGUCGGCAAGCCCUACCAGGAAGCGGCCCAGCAUAGAAUAGACAGGCUAGCAGAGGUCCAACAGGAGCUGGAAGAGGUCGAGAAGAAACUCCAGCUACUUAAAGUUGAGAUACAGAACCUUCAUGUUUCAUGA